CCAGGAGUCAUCUUAAGAAACUGCAAUAUUGCUUCGAUUGAACGAUAAUAGAAAAGAGACAUCCACCUCAAGCACUGCUGGCCACCACAUGCAAAAAAAAGAAAUAAAGGACAAUGCUCAACACAAAUUCCAGUAACUCAGUCAGCCAGCCGAAUCAUCAUCUAUAAAGGGAAAAACUACAUAUCAUCGUUUGCAUGAAAGUCACUCUGGCAAAAGGCGCUUCAAUCUAUUAGGAUAUUUCAAGGCAUGUCAUCAAUCGUAACGUCGUAAGGUUGAUUUUUUUUUUCCUUUGCCUUUCCUUGUUUGAGUUGGUUGAUCUUCCAAUCCCUCACUGUUAGCCUCCGUCAGUCGAAUUGCCUGGCAUUAUCGUGCCCGGCUGCUAAAGGCGAGUGUCCUGGCUGGGCCCAGAGUCUGUCGGUAGAGACUGAGCCGGCUCCCCUCAUGGCUUUCUGGGCUACUCCCACCGCUCCUGCUCCCUCCACUCGUCGAGGUAUCAGCAUCGUCAAGGUAGCGGCUCUUCCGGCCCGUACCAAUAGCCACCGGGAUCCCCUGUACGAUACCCCCGUGGUCAUGGCCCGCCGGAUACAUGCCGUCGUUGACGGAGAAGUUCCGACAGAUCAAGUACGCCCGCAUGGCCGCAUUCUCACGGGCGAGUGUCUCGGAUUCGCACACGGAAUCUGUUUGGUAUUCGCGGUUGUUGACGCGCACAAUGCAGGAGUAUCCGCCUGUACCUGCGUAGGACUCGUAUUGAGGUUCUGGCCAGCGGCGGCGUCGACAAAGACCUGUUUCGCAUGGUUAUUGGUCUGCUCAAAACGGAAGAUCAAGUCUAGUGUGUAGAGGAUGGAAAGAAACCCGCUGUGGUAGUCAGGGAUCAACGACAAAUCAGAAUGAUGCGAGAUAAAGCGGUUCAUGUGGUCUUCCAGUGAAACCGAUUGCAACUUGCAAGGUCCUUGAAGGAAGCGAUAUUCAAACAGUGCCAAGCCCAAUCAAAGGACAGAGGUUUCGCGUAUACAACAAUCGGCAGGGCGCCGAUAAG